UGUAUCGUGACACUCGCAACAGUCGAAGCCAGAGCAUAUUCGACUCCUCAAGACGAUGACAAUGUCGCCGCUCGCGACUUCGAGGGAAGGCGAAGGCGUACAGGCUCAGUAUCGCCACGUCGUGGUGGGCCACGCGGAGCGCUUCGUCCGCGCCAAAUUCGCCGGACAGGACGUGUCGCACGACUGGCACCACCUGCACCGCGUCAGACUCAAUGCCCUGCGCAUCGCCAGGUCACUCCAGGACGGAGACGAGGAGCUUCCAACUGAGUCAUCGAACGGUGAGGGCAGUAGUGCAGCCACUGGGGUAGGCGCAGCUGCAGUCAUGGGGAGGCACGUCAACCUCCUCAUCGUCGAGCUAGCCGCCCUCCUGCACGACAUGUGUGACCGCAAGUACCUUCCCGCCGGAGCCUCAUCCCAUCCGCGCAGCUACACUGCUCUUGCAGUCCUAUCUGAACUCUGGGAUUCCCUGCCUGCUCCGGCCCAGGGCGCGACGGCACUGUCGGACGCAGAGAGGGAGACCAUUGAGCGCAUCGUCGACUGCGUCUCGUGGAGUAAAGACCAGGAGCGUCGCAGGCGGCGCGAGGCCCGGCGAGAGAAGCGUCGAGCUUUGCAGGCCGAAAGACGAGAGGACGAGCGUACACGCGGGCCGGAGUCGAUUCUCUCGGAGGAAGCAGAGGAGGAGCGACGUCGGCAAGAGGAAGAGGAGGAGGAGGCCGAUGUCCUCUUUCAGCAAUGGGAGGCUUCCUGCCCAGAGCUGUGGUGCGUGUCGGAUGCAGAUCGGCUGGACGCGAUUGGGAGUAUAGGAAUCUUGCGCUGCGCAGCCUACUCGGCCAUCAAAAAUCGGCCACUGCACAUCUUCCCUUCGAAUCCAGGCUCGGGCUUGGGCUUGGACAAGGGGACGGACGACGCCAGAGCGAGGGAGGAGAGCUGUCUUGCCCACUUCGACGACAAACUAUUGAAGAUUCACGGUGAUCGGCUGUACACGCCUUUGGCAAGGAGAGAGGCAGAGCGCAGGCAAGAAGUGGUGAGUUUCACACCGCAUUGGCACAGCCAGGGCUGAAUCAGAUGUAUGUGAAGCCCAACCCUCCCUCUUCCUCUGACAAUGAGCUGCCACUCCCAUCUCGCUCUACUCUGUGAUAUCCGUAGAUGCGCUGCCUCAUCUCGCACGCCCAAAGUGAAGAGGACUUUGCUCUCUCUUGAGUCUCUCAAAUCCGAUGGCGGCCGAGCAUCGUCAACAUCAGACGAGGCAGGAGGAGCGUCUCAUGGGUGAAAUGCGGAUUGGUAUUGCGAGAGGUACAAGGAGGACAGUGGACAACAAUGUAUGUAGUAGGAACGAGGGGUGGCCCAUUCCUCCGGAACCUAGAAGAGGUGAUGGGAAGAGAGCAAGGGUCUAUGCAGGGCCACCAUCUCAACUCGGUCUGCAGGCAGACCUUCUUCAACUUCUGCUCUGUAACUCAUGACCUUCAGUACUCAGUACUCU